CCCCACGUCUACAAUUUCCAAUACGUGCUUUAUCGAAUGUCAAUUGCCAGCGAGUCGAGCAUUGGAUCAUAGAAGUCAAAAGACUAUCAGGAUUACGCUUCUCGAUUUAAAUCGCUCAGUUCUCGCCCAUAUAUUCCUCAACUCGAAGCAACAAUGAGGAUAGCGGAGGUGCGAUAGCUCGCAAUCCUCCCAUUCAUUGUCCUCUCAACAUUCCCAUAAUGGAAACCCCCACGGCCCCGUUUGAUCCUGUAGUCUGUGUUGUAGACUUUCACCAUGCACGUGGUCCAGAAGUUGAGACGUGGCUCGGAGUUCAAGAUGGCGUAGACCUCGCUGCGGAGAAUGACUGGUCCUUACUCCCAUUCAUGGCAUUGACGGACGGAGUUCAUGCAGCAGCCGAGGACUACUCCUACUUCACCCUCCGAUAUACCGGCCCGCCAAACUCCUCAGAUGCCCCCGUAGAUAAGAAGGAUGACGAAGAAGGAGAUGAGUUCAAAUCCAUUGCUCUGGACCGCCCUUCCGGUAUCGCGGCUACGUCAUUAUUUGGAAUCUCUUGCACCAGGCAGAUCGAUGCGUCCCAACUGAUAAAUCGACCGGCAGACGUCACACGAUCGACCGUACAAAAGGCUGUGAUAGUGAUUGGAGGCGCCCAUAUGCCGAAACAUUUUGGUUGGUUGAGGGAGAAGCUGGGUGCUGUGACACGAGCUUGGUUCGAGCAGCGGGACUUCUCGGACCUUGAGAUCUUGAAGGAAUUCCAAGACAGCCUUGGGAAGACAUUCAAAGACAUGGAAGACGAGAAAGAUCAAUAUUUUGGGCUUUCUCUCCGCGAACUGAUCCACCAGUUCAAAUGGCAGACCCUCGUCCUUCUCAAAGCAUGCCUUUUGCAGCGCAAGAUACUCUUCUAUGGAUCCAACUGCGAAAAGCUAUGCAUGAUACAAUUCUCGCUAAUCUCUCUAAUCCCCGGAUUGCUCCGUUCUCUGCAAGAUUGUGCGGAUCCACAAUUUAACUCCUACGAAGAAUCGCUCGUCAUGCCAACAUCGCUGAAGACUAGUGAAAGGGCCUCGCUCCUAGCUUAUAUGGGACUGCCCCUCCAAAUAUUUGGCAAGGGAAGUCUAUUCGGGCCGUAUACUCCUUUGCAGCAGCUCGAUGUGCUCGCGGAUCAUGGCACGACAUCAUAUAUUGUCGGAUCGACGAACUCCCUCCUUUUGCAGCAAAGGGAUCGGUACAGUGACGUACUGAUUAAUUUGGAUGAAAAUACUAUCGACAUCAGUUCACCAUCUCUGAGAUCGGCUCUGGCUCUAUCAACACCCGACCGGAGAUGGGUCGACUUCAUAACACAGACGGUCAACGACACCUGGGAUGAUGCAAAUCCAGGGAGACCAAACACAAUGGGCUAUGCAGGAAGCGAAGAGUUCAUUCGUCUCCAGUUCGAAGAGUAUCUCCUCGCGCUCCUCUCCGCUGUUAAAUACCGUUUGUAUACGGAGAAGAACAAGGACGACCCGAAAGCCUUGCUAAACGAAUACGAAGGCGAUCCGGCUCAGGAAUUCAGCAACGAAUUCAUCAAAGGCUGGAUGGAGACGGACAAUUACCGAGUCUUCCAGAAAUUCACGGACUCGCAUCUUUUCGACAUUGUUGAACCAUUGCACCCAUGCAGCGGCGGCCUCUCCAUUGAGGAUGUCCAACGACGUCUGGCACAGCAAAUAACUGAACUGCAUCUGGAUGAACGAGUGCAGGCUGGUCGCGAAGUCCUCGGGAAGCACCUCGCCACCGGCCAGAAGAAAGUAUCAACCGCCCUGAACAACAUCUGGGCGGAGAUUGAGGUCAUGAGGGAAGCGCAGAAAAUGCGCGCCGAAGAACAGCGUGCUGCGGCUGCCGUUAACAGCCCGACCGCUGGGUCUCCGACAAGUCCGUCCAAUGCACAAAGGGGCGGAGCAGGGUCACGAUUCUCUGCCAUCGGAAAACCAGAUCUGUCGCAAGCUCAAGCAUCAGCACAGGCAGCUGGCGCCAAAGCCGGAGCAUACCUCUCAUCUUGGGGUUCGUGGGCGGCGGAGAAGCGGCGGACAGCAUGGUCCGCAUAUUCCGGAACGGGAUCACAACCGCCGAGCAGACCGUCCUCGCAGGUUCCCAAUACCCCGCCUGGGACAUCAUGGUCGCUCUCUAGUGGCACUGAUUCGAAGCGAUCGAGUGCUGCGGCUGGGAAAGAGAACGAAGUCCCGGAUAUCAAACCAGUUGAUGUUACGAAGGGUCCGCGCGAAAGUUAUCAGCAGGUCGUGUUGGAUGUGAAAGCAGAUGAGAAGGUACCGGAAGCUAAACCGAAGGGUCUGCAGGAAAGUGAUCAGAAGAUCUUGUUGGAUGGGAAAGCAGACGAGAUGGCACCGGAAGCUAAACCGAAAGAGACGACCGAGGCUUCCUAGUGCUCGCCUGAAAUUGCAUAGCGAUAGGAAUUGGAUAGGCGUUCUGAUUUAUGUGUGUAACGCUAGCAUCUUAUGAAUGUGUUAUGAGAACAACUCAGCAUAUCUAUUUGAAUGCAGUCCAAUAGAACCUUAUCUAAAUCUAACGAUUCUG